AUGUUUGUCUGGUACCAGGACGCAGCGAUUUGUUACGUUUAUAUGGCCGACGUAUCAGUCUCAAGCAGGGCCAUGGAUGAUCGCGACCUGGACAGUCAAUUCCUGAACAGCAAAUGGUUUACUCGUGGCUGGACUUUGCAGGAGCUUAUUGCUCCCCGCCGCAUCGACUUUUACACUCAGGAUUGGACAUUUAUUGGAACAAAACCAAGUUUGCUUAACGUAAUACAUCGAGCAACUGGAAUCGACAAAUGGUGUCUUUUAGGCGAAACAUCCCCUUCCAAUUACAGUGUUGCCAGAAUCAUGUCUUGGGCUGCUCACCGUGUCACAACUCGCCUAGAAGACCAAGCAUACUGUCUCCUCGGUCUCUGUGAUGUCCAUAUGCCUCUUCUCUACGGAGAGGGCAUCAAGGCUUUCCUAAGGCUACAGCAGGAGAUAAUCAGGGUCUCCGAUGACCAGAGCAUUUUCGUCUCCGAUAUGCCGAGCCUACUCAUGACGGCACCCUUGGCUACGUCACCUUCGCUCUUCUCUAAGUCAACAGAUAUCAUCCGCUGGUCCCGUCUGGCAGCGCCAACGGCAAUGACGCCGCCAUUUUACGCAAUGACUAAUGCCGGUCUUUCAAUAUCUUUGCCCCUGAUCCAGACAUUGUCGCCUGACUUCGUUCUGGGCGUUUUGAACUGCACCACGAGCAUUGAGGAGCAGCAUGCUAGGAGCGCCGUUUGCAUACCUUUGUCAUCUCACAACAACGAUUACCGGCGCCAGUUUACGCGCGUAUCUCUGCCUGCACCGUGGAUAUCGCUCAGUUCGGCUUCGAUGAAGUCCCUUCUUCAAUGGCAUGAAGGAAACGCCUCGCCUCCUGAUGAUUUGUCUUCAGAAUUCAUACCCGAAGAAUCAACGAACAUCAUGAUCUCCAUGCUUGACGAGGCGGACCAGGAAGGCCUUUGGAGACGGAUUUUUGAGCCUCUCAGGCAAACAGAAGGAACGUUCAACAAGGUCUCUUGCUUCAUCACAUUCCCGCGUGGCUUUUCCGGUUAUCGUCUUCACGCAGUAGAUCCCCCCGAGGCACUGUAUGAACAUACGAGUCUGAUGGCCAUGCUUGACCAGGGAGUUACUGAUGGAAAUGGUCGUAGCCUGCUUAUCUUCGGAAUAACGGAUUCUGGGGGUGACGAUGGCAGUUACAUCGGUAUCUAUCUCGAAGCGGCACUGGACAACGAAGGCGCCUUGCAAGACUGGCCUCGAGCAUGCCGCAUAUUACCUAAUUGGAACAAACAGGAUGGCCUCGAUGUCGCUAUGCAACUCAACGAAAACUUCCCACCUAGUUCUGCAAGCCUUGUUGGAAAUAUAUUGGUAACGAUUAGGACUGCAAUACCGAUCAACCCUAAUUUUUCAUUGUCAAUGACAGCCGCGUUGAUGGUGGAAAUCGUCUUUGACAUGGACCGUGUUCGAAAAUUUCAUCCUCGAAAAGGUCCGAUCAGCAACUCAUUUAGCUCAGGCCAAUACUUCCGAAUGUUGGGUGCCUUGAGCGAGUCUGAGUGA